CCUGCGGGCGCCCAUGGAACAGCGGGGCGAGCGCUGCCCCACGGCCCCGCGCCCCGGCGCGAAGUUUCUGCUUGAGAAAUACACAUUCACUCAGCAAAACAAAAACAACUUUUAAAGGUUGUUCUCGGUGGAAAUCACUCUAUGCCCAAUUACCUGCUUGAGUGAAACCAGACUAAGAACUUCUGUCAUGGCAGCUUUUCUGCUGGGAGCUGUGUUGCUUAUUGUUCAGCCUCAGAUAGUGCCUUCCAGACCAGCUAUAAAUUCAAAUGCUGAGACUUCUUCUCAGUCUGUUCAGAGAGAGCUUUUAAAGAAAACAUCUCAGAAAAAUGACUUGAAGGAAAACAUUCAUUCUAAUGGAUCAUGUCAGCAGCUGCCACAGACUAUUAUUAUUGGAGUGAGAAAAGGUGGAACAAGAGCUUUGUUAGAGAUGUUGAGUCUCCAUCCAGAUAUUGCAGCAGCAGAAAGUGAAGUUCACUUCUUUGACUGGGAAGAUCACUACAGAAAUGGAUUGCAGUGGUAUAUUAAUCAUCCCCAUCAGAUCACCGUGGAAAAAACUCCAGCAUAUUUCACAUCACCUAAAGUGCCUGAAAGAGUUUAUAACAUGAACCAGUCAAUGAGACUACUCCUUAUUUUAAGAGACCCAAGUGAAAGAGUACUAUCAGAUUACACCCAAGUGUUCUACAAUCACAUGCAGAAGCACAAGCCGUAUCCAUCCAUCGAACAAUUCCUGAUUAAAGAUGGUGAACUCAAUGUGGACUACAAGGCAAUAAACAGAAGCUUGUACUACAUUCACAUGCAGAACUGGCUGAAGUAUUUUCCUCUUGAUCAUAUCCACAUUGUAGAUGGGGAUAAAUUGAUCAAAGAUCCCUUCCCAGAAAUAGAAAAGGUAGAGAGAUUUUUGAAGUUAUCACCACAGAUAAAUGCUUCAAACUUUUAUUUCAAUAAAACUAAAGGCUUCUACUGCCUAAGGGACAGUGGUAGAGAGCGCUGUUUACAUGAGUCAAAAGGACGAGCACACCCACAAGUAGAUACCCGGUUACUGGAGAAACUGCAUGAAUAUUUCCAUGAACCCAACAAGAAAUUUUUUGAGCUUGUGGGCAGGACAUUUGACUGGCACUCAUUUGUGGUGAGUUAGUGGUAAGCUUCAGAACCUAUGUUCCAGUGUACAGUUAGAAAAAUUGAAAAGGGCAUUUAAAGUAUAAUUUAUUUGUAAAAUCCAUAAAUACUUCUGUACAGUAUUAGAUUCACAAUUGCCAUAUAUAUCUAGUUAUAUUUUUCUACUUGUUAAAUUUGAAAACAUUUUGUAUUGUUUUUCAUGGUUGUUAACAUUGUGUAUGAUGUGUCUGUAUGAAGAAACUAAAUUAUUUCAUUGCAGAA